CAUGCCAGAAAACAAAAAUCCAAUUCAUGCCGGAUAAUCACUCUGUAUUAUAUUAUCUAAUAACAUUGGCGAACUCUAAGCCAUGCAAGUAACAUCAAACUGAACAAGAUGAAAAUGGACCCUCUCCUCAAUCAAGUCGAAGUGACAAAUAAAGAUACUUAAAAUAGAAUUGACAGCUCGGGGUAGUUUUAUUCCAACUAAAAGGAGCUCGAAACCCCUUUAUUAUGAUGUUAAUAUCAUUGACAUGUUCUCUUUUUCAGACCAGAUUAGGUUUGUCUGCACAGAAAUUGAUUUUGUGGAAGUUUCUACAGCACUUGUGAACGAUUUCCAUUGUAGUUCAAUGGCGAAAAGUACCUAAAGUUCUAAUUGCUUUUUCUAUGGUGGCUGAUUGGUAUCAUGUCGUGAUGUCGUGGUGUUGCCCUUCACAAGGCAACAACCCGACAUCACGACAUUUUAACCCGACACCACCACAACACGACAACCAAACAUCACGACAUCACUACAUUUUUACUUGACAGAUGAGUCCAGAUUUACUCUGGAGUUCACCGAUUGACGUGCUCGCGUUUGGAGGCGUGUAAAUGAGCGUCAUGCUAACGUUAACGUCAGACAGCAUGACAUCUUCGUGCGUGGGUGAGGAAUCACCAUGACUAGCAGAACGGACUUGCAUAUUGUUCAAGGAAGGGACAGUGGUGUGUAUUACCGUGACCACUUCCUGGUACCGAUAGUUCUGCCCUUUGCUCAACGUGCAGGUCGAUGUUUCAUCUUUCAAGAUGAUAAUGCCCGUGUCGUGAAUGACUACCUCCAGCGUCACCAUAUUGUCCAUAUGCCUUGGCCAGCCAUGAGCCCUGACCUUUCCCCUAUAGAGGAUGUCUGGGACAUGAUCGGGAGACGUGUUCUUCGACAUCAAAGUCCAUCGACAACACUGCUAGAAUUGACCGCGGCACUGCAAGAGGAGUGGGUCAGAUUGCCCCAAAUCAUGAUUGUGUGGUUGAGUAGGAGCAUGCCACGACGAAUUGCUGAAUGUCUGAGGAUUGGUGGAGCAAUUACUCAUUAUUAAGACAAAAAUCAAAAACGUCCAUUUUCACUGUUGACAGUGUAACUAUUUGCGAGUGAAAUGGUGCCGUCAAAUAAGCCACCCAUAUGAACUGUUUAUGUUCAUGUGUAGGCAAUUGGCCUCUUAUUAACAUACACUACUCUUUUAAAAACAGCAGUGCAUUUCCGCAGUUUUGUAUUGUUUCUGAAUAUCCCCUACUUUUUGAAGAGUAUAUAUAGAGGUUAGGCUGUGAAUGUCACUUUAACAAAUUACGGGAAAACAGAAAAAGUUAAAACCCCACCUUCAUCAAACAUACUUCAAAAUAUCAUUUUCGUAGACACACAAUCCUUUGACAAAUGUACGCCUGAUAAUGAACAAAUGAUGUAGACAGUUGUAGAAGUAGGGUUGUCGAGAAUGGUUUUAUGUACAGAUAUGUUACUUCCUUACUUGAGAUUUCACCACUUUAGUCUAUUAAAAUAAAAUUGGACACGGUACAGUGUGAUGAAGUGUUUUUGCUAUUCAACAUGGCGAUAUAUAAUUUGAUGUUUUAUAUGAUGAUACUGUUUAUGAUUCAGUCAUAUGGUAAUGGACAAAUGGUGAAACAGAGUUUUCUAUGCGGCGAUCGCAAUUCAUUAUAUUUCUGCUUUAAUGAACACGAGUCGUCUAGAUUAAUGUGCGAUCCAUACCACGUUAUUAUUAUAAUUAAUGUUACAACGGGAUAUUACAAUGAACCGGGACAAGUGUGUUGUCAUGAGAUACCAAAACGUUUCAGUACCCUCGAAUUGAAUUCAGAUAAUAAUCUUGGAGAAUUGUAUCGGGGCAUAGCAUAUUGUGUAUUAUCCCAUAGUUGCACAACGAGAACUAUUAAUGCCUUUGACCGUUUUGACAAAUAUCCAUCUAAACAUUUCAUAUCAUAUAUUGACUACAUAUGUGUUAGUAAUACAACAAUUAUAAAUAUGACUAAACGUGGGAUGAACCCCAACUUGGAAGGUUUCUCUUUGGCUUAUAACAAAUAUCGUUAUCCUGAUAUGGAUAACAAUUUCUAUUGUAGUUGUGAUAUCACAGCGGAUGGUGAUGAUGUAUAUAUUUAUACCACGAUCUCGUUUCUUGGACUUAAUGUUGUUUAUAAUACUAGUGUGACGAUUUAUAGCAGAGAUCUUACAGUUCGUUAUGACGAGAACAACACGGACAUGACACAUGUUGAUAACUUUGGUUACAAAUAUCUGGUUUAUAAACAAUUAAAACAGAUAAAAGGGCCGAUGCACCUGGUGUAUGAAGGUGACGGACUACAACCUUCUAUUGAUAAGAUAUGGAUUGAUUUUAAAGUCCAUCAAGGUCGUCUCAGGGUCAACUGUAAAGGAUGUCAAAGUGGAUAUUCUGUACCCCCGGCAUUUAGCGUUUCUCAGCCUCCAACCACAUUUAACGCUGCUCGACCUCCAACAACAUUUAACGUUCCGACAUCACAACCAAUAAUCAAAAUUCCACAAACUUCACCAACCUGUGACCUUGCGCCAUCUUCAGAUAUCUAUAAAAUUGCUCUAAUUAGUGUUCUAGUCAUCAUUGCUAUACUUGGGCUUGUGAUGAUGGGUGUUGUUGUUUACAAGAAACGAAUUUGCACCAAAGAGAAAACCAAAACACCUACUGAACAACCAACUAUAUCGGAACCAGUGUCGGAUAUGCAGAUAGUAUCAAGAACCUUGCCGGAUAUACCGAUAGUGUCAGAAACUGGGUCAAACAUGUAUGACACUGUGGACAUGAAGAACCAGUCAGCUCGAGUCGUCUAUGAAUCCCUUGAACAUGGUACAGUUUAUGAAAGUCUUGAUGGUGAUACAAAUCUGCCUUAGUUCUUUUUUAUACGAAUAACCCUUCAUUCGGAAUAAAUCGACAUAUUUGAACUAACUUUCUAAAUUCAGCUAUUGUGUUCUGAUCAGGCAUUUUUCAACUGGAAAUAUUGGAAUCAUGUAAGUAUGUGCACUAAGUUAUUGUACACUGGGCCCCUAUAAUGACGUCAACUGUAAAUACCGUAACUUGCUUAUAUUUAUUUUAAAUCCUGAUCAAAUACGUCCACGGGCUUUUUACUGUUGUAAAUAAUUCUAAUCAUUAAAAUGACAUCACAAUAUAUUUGCUGGUUUACUGUCAUUGUACAAACGUAGACCUUACUAACAUAAUAUUAUGCAACCCUAUUUCCACACUCAGCUUGCUCGCAGGGUCUUUAGAAGUGUCCGGAAUCCACACUACCGCAGUUUUAACACUAGGUUUGUGGUCGAACCCAAUCUUUAAUGUCAUGAACAAAUCUCGGAUCGAACGGAUGAAUUGAAUGGGUAAUAUUAUGAUCUUAUAUUCACUGAUCACCUGUUUAACAGCAAGGAAGAAAUAGCUUUGUUUAACGUGCUUCAAUUUUAAACUACCUGGUAGGUGUUUGGUCUGUCAGAUUGAUAGGGCAGACACUUUGUAUACAUUUGAUGAAACUUGUCGUUUGCUAUGUGCUAAUUAUUAUAAUAGCAAAUAUUAUUUUGAUCUUGUCAUGCCAUUAUUUUUAUCUUGCCAAUAUUUGAAUACUGGUUUAACCAUUAUUGUUAGUUCUCUUUAUUAUAGUUUAUUUUAUCUUUUAUUUUACUACACGUUUAAUCCGUUUGUUGUUGUUGUUGUUAAUUACAGAUUUAACGUCCAAUACAUUAAAUAUGAUAUUAUGGACAGGUUGAUUUCAUUAAAUUAUUUAUACUUUAAAAUUGUUAAAAACACAAAAUAAAAAAGUCCUCGGAUAUCAAAAGUUUCUUAAAACACACUUAUACAUUCGCUGCCGUGAGAAAUAAAUUCGCUAUCGUGAAUUAUUGUAUCUUUUAUAUAACCUUUAACUACGUGUUUGGUUUAUUGUAUCUUUUAACCUUUAACUACAUGUUUAAUCCGUUUGAUUUAUUAUAUCUUUUAUAUAACCUUUAACUACAUGUUUAAUCAGCUUGGUUUAUUGUAUCUUUUAUAUAACCUUUAAUUACAUGUUGAUUCAGCUUGGUUUAUUAUAAUGUUUUAUAUAACCUUAUUAACUAGUUGUUUAAUCAGCUUGGUUUAUUGUAUCUUUUAUAUAACCGUUAACUACAUGUUUAAUCAGUCUGGUUUAUUAUUGUAUCUUUUAUACAACCGUUAACUACAUGUUUAAUCGGCUUGGUUUAUUGUAUCUUUUAUAUAACCUUUAACUACAUGUUUAAUCAGUCUGGUUUAUUGUAUCUUUUAUAUAACCUUUAACUACAUGUUUAAUCAGUCUGGUUUAUUGUAUCUUUUAUAUAACCUUUAACUACAUGUUUAAUCAGUCUGGUUUAUUGUAUCUUUUAUAUAACCUUUAACUACAUGUUUAAUCAGUCUGGUUUAUUAUUGUAUCUUUUAUAUAACCUUUAACUACAUGUUUAAUCAGUCUGGUUUAUUAUUGUAUCUUUUAUAUAACCUUUAAUUACAUGUUGAUUCAGCUUGGUUUAUUAUAAUGUUUUAUAUAACCUUAUUAACUAGUUGUUUAAUCAGCUUGGUUUAUUGUAUCUUUUAUAUAACAUUUAACUACAUGUUUAAUCAGUCUGGUUUAUUAUUGUAUCUUUUAUAUAACCGUUAACUACAUGUUUAAUCAGUCUGGUUUAUUAUUGUAUCUUUUAUAUAACCGUUAACUACAUGUUUAAUCAGUCUGGUUUAUUAUUGUAUCUUUUGUAUAACCGUUAACUACAUAUUUAAUCAGUCUGGUUUAUUAUUGUAUCUUUUAUAUAACCGUUAACUACAUGUUUAAUCAGUCUGGUUUAUUAUUGUAUCUUUUAUAUAACCGUUAACUACAUGUUUAAUCAGUCUGGUUUGUUAUUGUAUCUUUUAUAUAACCGUUAACUACAUGUUUAAUCAGUCUGGUUUAUUAUUGUAUCUUUUAUAUAACCGUUAACUACAUGUUUAAUCAGUCUGGUUUAUUAUUGUAUCUUUUAUAUAACCGUUAACUACAUGUUUAAUCAGUCUGGUUUAUUAUUGUAUCUUUUAUAUAACAUUUAACUACAUGUUUAAUCAGUCUGGUUUAUUAUUGUAUCUUUUAUAUAACCGUUAACUACAUGUUUAAUCAGUCUGGUUUAUUAUUGUAUCUUUUAUAUAACCGUUAAUUACUUAUUACUCAUUUUUCGUUUUUGACUUUUCGUUUUGAUUAAUAUGAUUUAUUAAAAUUACUGCAUCUCGCUUUUAUUUGAAUAAAUGAUGUUGAUAUUUUUA